CCGACCCAGACCCCACGCAGGGAACCUCUGUUGUUUAUCUUGGCCCUUCCCGCGGUCCGCGGGGGACUGAGCUCUGGGCCAGGGCGGAAGAGAGCGCGGGGGAAGGCGAGGCAGGGGCAGCUAUAAGAGUUGGGAGCUUCUUGGGAGCCGGGCCCCGGAGGUUGGACCGAAGAUUGCGGAGGGAGGGGAGCCCAAGCUCACGGCGUCCCCUGCUCGGAGAAGAGACUGAGGCCCUCCAGGAGAGAAGUCCCUCCAAGGGGGUGAGCCAUCUGGGAGACAGAAGCAGCCAAGAAGACGUGGCCAUGGCCCCUAACCUUUGGCAAUUACAGCUGCUAAUGCUGGCAGUUGUCCCCUGGGCCCAGGAAAGUGAGCCAGAGGCUAAGGAGCAAAUAAGCACUGCAGGGAAGAACUGUACAAGAUCGGAACACCCAUGGCAUGCGGUCCUUUUAAAUGGAUCUCACCCCUACUGUAGUGGAGUGCUUUUGGAUAGGAACUGGGUGGUCACAGCUGCCCACUGCUACUUAAGAAAGUACAAUGUCUACCUGGGCAAACGCCAUUUCAAGAAGGAGAGGCGGGUUGUCAAGAUCAAGGCAUACAGGUCUUAUCUCCAUCCUGAGUACUCUCCAGACACCCAUACCAAUGACAUUAUGUUGAUAAAGCUAAGUAAGCCAUUCCCAUUGGGGAAUCAAAUUGAACCUGCCAAUCUACCCACCAAGUGUGUCUCACCUGGUACCACCUGUACAGUCUCUGGCUGGGGCAUCACCAGCAGCCCAAAAGAGACAUAUCCAGAUAAGAUCCAGUGUACAGAUGUGAAUGUCCUCUCCACUUCAGACUGCAAGAAGAUUUACCAGGAUAAAAUACAGGACUCCAUGUUGUGCGCUGCCCUCCCCAAUUCUACAGUCAACGCUUGCAACGGCGACACUGGGGGACCCUUGAUAUGUGAUAAAUCCUUGCAGGGCCUGGUAUCCUGGGGAGGUUCCACUUGUGGCCAGCCCAAUGAGCCUGGUGUCUACACUAAUUUUUGCCGGUUUUUGCCCUGGGUUACAAAAAUCAUGAAGAAUUAAAAAAAAGUGUGUGUGUGUCUUGGUGGAGGAAAGGGUACUUGGGGGUUGAACUCCAAAUAAAUGUGAUUUCUACA